GCAUUAGGCACAACACGACGCAGCAUCAUCCUUCACGCGCAUACUCGUAACUUACUCGCACCUGUACCUUUAUACUCACACAUUCUACGCGAUAAUGUCUGACUACGGCGGCGACGACUACGGCGGUGAUGCUGGGGACAUGGGGGAUGACCAUGCCAUCGACUUUGACGAGGAAGCGGAACCCGAUCUGAUGGACGACGAAGACGACCAGCCCGGCGGCGGCGAAGACCCAGACAAUGCCGACCCCAAUGACGACAAUGUAGUAGUGUCAGGCGAUGCCAACGCGGCAGCUGCAGCCAAAGAAGCCUCCAAGAAUACAGUUACAAGUGAAAAGGACAAGAGAGUUCCCAACGAGAAGCGCACAACCACGCCAUACAUGACCAAGUACGAAAAGGCGCGUGUGCUGGGUACAAGGGCACUUCAAAUCAGUGGUAACGCUCCGGUGCUGAUCGACGUAGAGGGUAUGACGGAUCCCCUCCAGAUUGCUGCCAAAGAAUUGCAGGAGAAGAAGAUUCCCCUGGUUGUACGGCGCUACCUUCCUGAUGGCUUUUACGAGGACUGGACUUGCGAAGAGCUUCUGACUUAGACAUAAGUGGCUUGAUUGCAUUGGCUUGGAGUUUUAUUUGGUGCUAAAACAUGGGACAUGGGCGAAAGGAGUCUGUGAGGUGGUUGUGCAAUUAUAUCCUCCGAAUCUCACCCGAUUUCCGUAAAGUCCAAGUCUUCUCCGCUGCAUAUGCGGAUCCGCGGAUAAGAUUCCCAGAAUGAGCCAAAAGUUAGAGAAAGGUGGGGUAGCUUGAUAGCUAUUCAUCCCCGCACUAGUUUCAGGCACAACGUCACUCAAUGCGACAGCUUACAAAACUUCUAAACGCCCCGCGACUGCCGUCUGCAUUCCGAAAUCCUACUACACGUUUGUUCCCUUACACCACAUUGUCCACCAUGUCUUUCGAAACCACUGGCACCAUCGCCUCCUUUGGGGGCAAGCUUCUCAAGCUGAAGCACAAGUCCUCGAGCACAAACACAGACAUGGAGCUCAACAUGUUCCUACCGCCACAAGCACUAAAGUCCGGUGCCAAGGUGCCAGUUCUGUUCUACCUGUCUGGUCUCACAUGUACUGGAAACAAUUGCUCAGAGAAGGGUUUCUUCCAGCACGGUGCUGCUCAGCAUGGCAUUGCCGUUGUAUACCCCGAUACUUCGCCGAGGGGUCUCCAGAUCGAAGGCGAGGACGACGCAUACGACUUUGGUUCUGGCGCAGGUUUCUACGUUGAUGCGACCAAGGAGCCAUGGUCGAAGGGCUACAACAUGUACUCUUACAUUACCAAGGAACUCCCCGAGGCAUUAUUCUCAUCUUUCAAGGAGCUCGACUCUAGCAAAGUCAGCAUAACAGGCCACAGUAUGGGCGGUCACGGCGCUUUGACUUUGUUUCUCAAGAACCCUGGCAUGUACAAGUCCGUUUCAGCAUUCGCGCCCAUUGCCAACCCGAUCAACUGCCCAUGGGGCCAGAAAGCAUUCAAGGGAUACUUUGGAGAGGACCAACAGCAAAAGUGGAAAGAGCAUGAUGCAACAGAGCUCGUGAAGCAAUGGAAGGGACCAUUGGAAAUGCUCAUUGAUGUGGGCACUGGAGACAACUUUUACAAGCAAGGCCAGCUUCUUCCCGAGAACUUUGUCCAAGCAGCCAAGGAAGCUGGCAACGACAAGGGCAUUCAGCUCCGCAUGCAGCCCGACUACGAUCACAGCUACUACUUCAUGGCCACUUUUGCCGAUGACCAUGUUGCGUGGGCGGCGAAGCACUUGGGUGCUUAG